GAAAAUACCCUGCCAGAGAAAAAUCAUUGUCUGGGUCACACUAAACCAGUCUUAGCAGCUUGCAGAAACCGACCUCCUGUGCUUUUCUUCCUCUGGCCCCAUGCGGGUCUGGGGCAUCAUCUGGUAGGCAUCACUGUGGCCAGGUGUCAGGUGGCUCUGGCUAACUUGGUGCUGUAUCAGAUAACUGCUGCCAGUACUUCCAGUGCCAGGUAGGAAGGAGCAGGAUCUCCCCAUGACUCUGGAUCACCAGCUGUGCUUCGACCAGGACACCGGGAUCCCAGCCUUGGAUAUGCACCAAGUGACAUGGAGUGGAUCUGUGAUCCCCAACUGAGUCAUCGGCGACUUGAUUCAAGAUGCCACCGGCCAUUGGAGGCCCCGUAGGAUACACUCCUCCUGAAGGAGGAUGGGGAUGGGCUGUGGUCAUCGGAGCCUUCAUCUCCAUUGGCUUUUCCUAUGCCUUCCCCAAAUCUAUCACAGUGUUCUUCAAAGAGAUUGAGGUCAUCUUCAAUGCGUCCAGCAGCAAAGUCUCCUGGAUCUCCUCCAUCAUGCUGGCUGUUAUGUAUGCAGGAGGUCCCAUCAGCAGCAUCCUGGUGAACAAGUAUGGCAGCCGGCCCAUCAUGAUCGCAGGCGGCUGCCUGUCCGGCUGUGGGCUGAUCGCAGCCUCCUUCUGCAACACGGUGGAGGAGCUCUACUUCUGUGUUGGGGUCAUAGGGGGUCUUGGACUUGCCUUCAACCUGAACCCUGCCUUAACCAUGAUUGGCAAGUACUUCUUCAAGAAGCGUCCACUGGCCAAUGGGCUGGCGAUGGCGGGCAGCCCUGUCUUCCUUUCUACCCUGGCACCCGUCAACCAGCUCUUCUUUGGCAUAUUUGGCUGGCGUGGCAGCUUCCUCAUCCUGGGUGGCCUCCUCCUGAACUGCUGCGUGGCUGGAUCCCUGAUGCGGCCCAUAGGUCCCAAGCCAGAUCAGCUGAAGAAAGAGGCCAAUAAGGAAGUGCAGCAGGAGGCUGGGAAGGCAGGGAAAAAGGAUGAUGGUGACACCAGCACGGACCUCAUUGAUGGAAAGGCCAAGAAAGAGAAGAGCUCAUUCUUCCAGACAAUCAACAAAUUCUUGGACCUGUCUCUGUUCACACACAGGGGCUUCUUGCUCUAUCUGUCAGGCAACGUAAUCAUGUUCUUUGGGUUAUUUGCUCCCUUGGUCUUCCUCAGCAAUUAUGCAAAGAGCAAGAAGAUUCCUAGUGACUCUGCAGCCUUUCUGCUCUCCAUACUGGCCUUUGUGGACAUGGUGGCCAGACCUUCCAUGGGACUGGUGGCAAACACCAAGUGGGUCAGACCACGCAUCCAGUAUUUCUUUGCCGUCUCUAUUAUUUACAAUGGGGUUUGCCACCUCUUGGUCCCCAUGUCCACCACCUAUGCUGGCUUCUGCAUUUAUGCUGGCUUCUUUGGCUUUGCCUUUGGCUGGCUGAGCUCGAUCCUGUUUGAGACCCUGAUGGACCUGGUGGGAGCUCAGCGGUUCUCCAGUGCUGUUGGUCUGGUGACCAUCGUGGAGUGUUGCCCUGUGCUUCUGGGACCCCCUAUGCUAGGGAAGCUCAAUGACAUGUAUGGUGACUACAAGUACACGUACUGGGCCUGCGGGGUUGUCCUGAUCAUCGCCGGGAUCUACCUCUUCAUUGGGAUGGGCAUCAACUAUCGCCUGGUGGCAAAGGAGCAGAAGGCGGAGGAGAAAGCAAAGAAUGAAGGGAAGGAGGAAGAGACCAACAUUGACGAGGCUGAGAAGCAGAAAGAGGCAAACAAUGAUGUGGCCCCCUCACCUCAGAAGAAUGUGGAGGAUGGUGUCAAAGAGGAGGAGAGCCGCAUGUGAGGGACUGGUCUUAAUCCCGGAGUGUCGGGGAAGCGCUGCUGCCCUGGUGCGGCGGCCGGGGCAGAGCUCUGCUGGCGCUGGGUGGCCGUGAGAAGUGUUUAAACCAGGUGUUCAUUUUUAAACAGGCUCUGAAUUGUCUUUCCAUCUGUGUUAAACAAAGGUAACAGGACUACAUAUGCAGUAUCCUCAUGUGUCCAGGGGCAGGGGGCUUUUAUAGUCUGGCUUUUUAACAGUAACAUGAAUGUACUAAUAUGUGCCUUACAGUCUCCAUAUCUAGCUGAAUCUGAAGGAGCCUUAACUAAACUGUGCUUCAGCUCUGUAUUCUGCUUGGGGUUGGGGGGUGGGGGGGUUAUGUGUGUGUUUUGGGGAGUUUUGUUGUUAAAAAGCCAUAAAAGCAGGAUACUGGAUUUGUUGAAGCAUGUUGGGCUUCAGGGCCGGCCCUGAAUGAAUACUGCUUCACACGCUUCUUACUGCAGGCCCUCUGCGGGGGAGAUGCGGGCAUGGGGCAAGGUGCUCCUCAACCCCCGUGCUCAGUGCCUCCUGGCUCUUUAGGUGGUCUUUUAGGUAUGUUUUGAAAACACUUUAGCUACUGUAGUUCUUUAAAAUCCCUGUUUUUGUAGCUGUUUUCUCAUGGGAUAUUCAGGUUGAAGAAAGAUAGCUGCAGUUCCUGUCGGGCAGCAUCACCCACUCCAGGGCUGUGGCAGCCCUGCUUGCCCAAGCCUUCCUUGGGGAGUGUUGGGGUUCCCCCUGCCUCCCCACUCUGCCUCAAUAGUGCCUCUUCUCAGCCCAGUGCAGUGUGAUGUGAAAUGGGUUCAGGUUGUGGUGCUGGCAUUCAUGCUGCUGUCGGCUGUGCUGCCCCAUCCUGCUCGUGGGGUGGAUUUCCACCAGAGCGUCCCUUCCAGCCAAGUGUUUUGGGUGCCUGACCUUGGGCAGAGUGGUGAGGUGGGUGGACAUGGUACAUCCCUGAGACUUUAUCUGCUUUUGCUCUUUUAUCUGUUAGAGAAACCUCUUUUACUUGCUUCUGUUCAACUGAGAUCUUAAGGCAGUGGAUGCUGAACCUCUCACAUCUAGGACACGUAAGGGGGAGGAAAGAAUUUGUACGUAUUUAUUUUUUAUUUUUUAGUGUUGGAAAAUAUCUCACGUAUGUGGAGCAGGUUAAUGGCUCUCAAGUUCUAGUAAAUGUUGAUCAGAAUUCAUGUUAAGAGGCUGAGUUUUUUCAAAUAAACUUGUUUUUUUACAAUUUA